AUGAAUGUAUCUUCCAUUUUUUUGGCAACCUGUCUACUAGGACUAUGCCGUUGCAGAAACUCAAGACUUCCCACUGACAGACUCUUUAUCGAGGUUCUAGACGACUAUGCAGAGGAUGAAGUUGUCAGCUAUCAUCUCAUAAAGGGAACAAGGAAGAAUAUAUCGAGUGGCCAAAGGCUGGUAUGGGAUUUGUCCAAUGGAACUGUCUAUGAAGCAGAGUAUACACAGCCAUCAGCUCGUAGAUCUAAUGCUGGAAAGGUAGAAGAUGUAGCAGUGGAUGAAACUCCAGUUACUCAAUCAUCUAGACACGCUACUACUCUUAAUAUUGCUAAACCAGACGAACAAUGCAACUCCUUUGACUAUACCUUUACUGCAAACAGAGUUAAACUUAUUGUUCCAAAGAAGAACACUACAGUUAUAAGGUUAGUAGAUGGUGAGAAAGAAAUCUGGAUUCCAUCUACUGGAGAAACAUUUGACCAUACUAAAGCCUAUCUUAACAAGGAUAAGAAGCCUGAACUGGUCCUUGUAGUAACCACUUCCUCUGGCGCUUCUAAGGAGUACUAUCUUGAACUCAAGGAUAGUAAAUGGGUAUCCUGUGAUGAUCAUGAUGCCAAGAUGAGGAGCUUGAGGGAUCCUGCAGAAUGGAUCUCAAACUUUGAACUUGAUCUUUCCUUGGCCAAUAGUACUAAUGAAUGUAGCAUCUUUGAAACGGAGUUACUAGGAGUUACAACUAAGCAUUUUUUUCCUAAACCAGGGUACCUUGCCAAAGGAGUAAAGGAUGUGAAUGGCCUUUUAUGGAGUUCUUCAAAACCUAUUUAUACAGAAGGAACCAUCGGAAGGCAUAGCAGAUACUAUAACGACUAUUGCCUUUCUUGUAUCAUUCAUAAGAAGGGAUCUAUGGAGUUACUGGAGAUGGUUGUAGUGGAAACAUUAUCAAGGAGAUGGAAGUACUUUGAAAAGAGUGGUGAAGAGUGGAUGGAGAUUAACAAGACAGACUUUGAUCAGAAGCUAAGGGACCUAAAGAUGGAACAGUCUACUACUCCAGAGUCUAAAUACUGA